AUGAGUGAUUCGCUCGGUGUUGAGUGAAAACAGCGCUGCAAACUUCCAGGGCUGCAGCUUGGAGCUGAUGUGUAUCGUCUUUAUUUAGCUGCUGGGUAGAUCGCGAUCACUGACACAAAGUCUGGGCUUAUUUAUCCUUGAGCUUAACGUUUCCCGGUGCAGCUCCUGUUAUGAUGGCUGAGCUGAUGGGGUACUAUAUAAUGGUCCUUUCAACUGUGGUCUUCUGGUCUCUCCCUUAUAAUACAUCUUCCCUCAAUCUGGAUGAUCCAAACGUCUGCAGUCACUGGGAGAGUUACUCAAGGACGGUGACGGAGUCUUAUGCUCAUCGUUUUGAUCAGAUUUACUACGCCAACUGUCCAGACAUCCUCAAGUGGUUCAAGUGCACCACAUACAGGGAGAUGUAUCGGACAGCUUAUCGCAGAGGAGAGAAAAUCAUGUACAGAAUAAAGUCACAGUGUUGCCCAGGUUUCUUUGAAAUUGGAGAGAUGUGUGCUCCACACUGUGAAGACAGCUGUGUUCAUGGCAGUUGUAUGGCACCCAACACCUGUCGAUGUGAACCAGGCUGGGGGGGUUCCAACUGCUCCAGUGCUUGUGACAGUGACCACUGGGGCCCCCACUGCAGCAAUAGAUGUCAAUGUAAGAAUGGAGCACUAUGUAACCCUAUCACUGGAUCCUGUAUCUGCACUCCUGGAUACAGAGGCUGGCGAUGUGAGGUCCAAUGUGAAACUGGCUCUUAUGGAAAUGGGUGUCAAUGGACAUGUCAGUGCCAGAAUGGGGCCAUCUGUCAUCAUGUGACUGGAGAAUGCAAUUGUUCACCAGGAUACACAGGAACUUUGUGCCAGGAUGAGUGUCCAGUUGGUACUUUUGGUGCUGGCUGUGCAAAGACCUGUCACUGUAUAAACGACAGUAAAUGCGUUCAUAUCAACGGAACGUGCCUGUGUGAUGCGGGCUACACAGGAGAAAAAUGUGAUAUCCGCUUGUGCCCUGAAGACCGUUAUGGUUUAAGAUGCAAAAAGAAUUGUCCAUGUCAUCCCCCAAGAACUCUAAGAUGUCACCCAGUGUCAGGGGAGUGCACAUGUCAGGCUGGUUGGUCAGGACUCUUUUGCAAUGAGACGUGCACACCAGGAUUUUAUGGCAAAUCUUGCAGUGACUUGUGCCAGUGCCAGAAUGGAGCUGACUGCCACAGUGUGACUGGAGAAUGUAUCUGUGCUCCUGGCUUUAUGGGUUCCAAGUGUGCAGUCCCAUGCCCAGCUGGGGCAUAUGGAGUAAACUGUUCUGCAACCUGCAAAUGUAAGAAUGGAGUGCAUUGCUCCCCUGUUGAUGGAUCCUGUUCCUGUACACCAGGUCACUGUGACAGUGUGUGUGCAGAAGGAUGGUGGGGGCCAAACUGUUCGCUGCCAUGUAAUUGUAAGAAUGGGACCUCCUGUUCUCCAGACAAAGGAACCUGUGAGUGUGCACCUGGAUACGAGGGCAUCUUCUGUCAGAAAAGCUGCAAUGUGGACAGAGUGAAAUGGGUCUCCUCUACUCUGAUUGUUGGUGAAGGUGGUGUAGUGCUGUUUGGAAACUUCAACAAUUUGACCAGCGCAUCCUUACAUGUAGACAACUACCAGAUAGGAGUCAUUGCAGGAAUCAUAGUUCUAGUGUUUUUGGUACUUCUUGCCCUGCCCCUAUUCAUCAUCUACCGAAAUAAACAGAAGAGUAAAGAGGCAACCAUGCCAGCUGUAAUCUACACUCCUGCUAUCAGGGUCACAUCUAAUUAUACUAUGGCAGAUACUUACACUCCUUCAUAUGAAGCCCACCCCAGCAACUACUUUUCCAACCCCAGUUACCAUACUCUUACCCAAUGCAUCAGUCUGCCUCAUGUCAAGAGUGGUCAAUGUGCAAAGGCUGGUAGCAAUCUGUUUCCUAACAUGGAGAAUGUGGCUCUUGGUGCUCAUACUGCAACCAGGCUUAGCAACUGGAAACAAGGGGUCCACUUCAAUGAACUGGGAGCCUGUGGAGUUGACAUGACUUGCAUUGGAAAAUCACUGCAAGACAUGGUAAAGGGUGCUGACUAUCUUGCAAGUUCCUCUUCUCUUGUCAGCUCUGAAAACCCAUAUGCCACAAUAAAGGACCCCCCCUCGCCAACAUCCAAAAACACUGAAAGUAGCUAUAUGGAAAUGAAAUCACCCACCAGGAGAGAUUCAGCAUAUGCAGAAAUUAGUGACACCAGUCUGACUAAUAACCAGAAGGUUGAUAAAGCGGAGAUGAGUAUCAAAACCAUCCAACCCACUGGAGUUAGCGACACCCAUCUGCAGUUUGGAAAGGAGCCAAUUGACCAGGCAAAAAGCAACCAGAUCUCCUGUGAUUGUGACACCCUGCCACCCACAGAAAGUUUUUUGUCAGAGACCAAGGAGGUGGAUUGUGAGUAAAGGCAAAGAGACUCAGAACCAAGACCAGCUCUCAAGUCCUGUCUUUGGCUCCUGCACGAGAUGACCUUUAUUAAAUAUCCCUGGAGUAUAUAUUAUUAUGAUUAUUGUUGCUUUUAUUAUUAUUAUCAAUAUGUCUGAGAUCAUUUAUUUCUAUCAGAUGGAUCUGUGAUAGAAUAGAGUCCUUCUAUUUAUCAGUAUUCUUUAUGUAAAGGAAUUAUGAUUCCUUUCUUCUGAAAGGAAAGAUUUGUACUUUUUCACAUUUAUUCUUAUUAUUGCAAAAUGUCUGCGACAGAGUGGCGACCUGUCCAACGUGACCCCGCCUCUCGCCCGGACCGUUAGCUGGAGACCACCAGCACACUCAUGUCGGAUCUCUCCCGCACACACGAACAUUGCUGCAGACACAGGGAAGAAGGGCGGGACUUACAGCGGCAGUAUUCUUCUUCCUCUUUUUUAUGGCGGUUUGCAAGCAACUUACUGAUGUGCAUUACCGCCAUCUACUGGAAUGGAAUGUUGAUCGGGAUGCAACAUAUAUAUUCUCCCUCAAAAAAAUUAAAUAUAAUAAGAAUAAUAAAAUAAAUAAAUAAAACGUAUAUCCUUUCUAUCAAUUUUGUUUACUUAAGGUAAUUUAUUAAAUAACAAAAAUAUGCAAAAGUAGAAAUUUUUUCCAAAAUAUCUUGUAUAUUUAACUGCAAUUUAUUUUCUUGUAAUCAACAUAUUAAUUCCCUUCUCUCAACAGAAUAUUUAGAACAGAACAGCAAAACAUGUUUUACUGUCUCUUCUUGAAGACAAAAAUCACAAUUUCCUGUUGGAUGUUUUCCCAUUUCAAUUAAUGUGCUAUUUAACCCUGUAUGACCAAAACGUAAUCUGGAUAUUAUGGUUUCCUCUUUUCUAUUUUGUCUUGUUCUCCUCAUUACAACAACUUUUCUUUAAAUACUGUAAAGCCACCUACCAGUUCUAUCUUCUUCCCACUGCUUCUGACAUCUUUCCUUAACCUUUUGUUUAAUAAUAGAGUUGAUUUCUUCUUUACUGAAUGGUACCAAUAUAUAAAUAUAACUAUUUUUUGUAGCUUGUUUUGCAUAUUUAUCUGCCAACUCAUUUCCUUUUAUUCCUACAUGUGAUGGUAUCCAUGUAAAAUAACUAAUAAACCCAUUGCCUGAAUUCUAUAAAUUGACAACUGAAUCUCUAAUAAAAGGUUUGGUCUACUAA